GUCUGCUCUGUCGGGACGGGAUGGUGAUUUUCGAUUAAGUGCUGAUUUGUAACUUAUGUUAUGACUUUUAUUGUUUCGUUGAGCUUUCUAUUUUCUAACCUAAAAGUUUUGAAUUUGUAAGCUGUAACAAUGAAUACAAAAACUUAUGUUAUAGUUUGUUAUAGGUACUAAGUAAUUUACAGUUGUAACAAACUAAAUAGAAGACAGGAGUAAGAUCACAAGAUUGGGAUCAGUCAGAGUGCUGUACCGGUAGCUCAAUUGUCCAAGAUAACCAUGAGACCCACGCCUGACAAGGGAGAGGGGCCUGCCGCAAAGAGGAGAAGAAUGAACCAAUAUCAGUCAGAACAAUGUUCUGAUAACAAAGAUUCCAAUGAGAAAGACAAGACUGAAUAUACCGGUAUAUUAGUUUGGGAAGACCAGUGGCUAGCAGAUAGUUUGCCUUCAGAACGUCUACCCAGCCUGGGUGUGCAGUAUUGCUGUUAUCAUGAUGGCAAAGGAUAUUACUACCAUCAAACCAUGGAGUUUGGCAACAUACGGUAUCUUGCGUGUGCCGAGGUAAUGUGUCCAGUGAAGGCUAGUAUGAACACGCAGAAGGAGGCUCCUAUCAUCGUCUCUGGUCUCAGGAUGGGACACAACCACCGUCCUGAUUACAUGCUGAGAGAGGCCUUGUUGUUUGUGGAUGCCGUCAGAAUACGAACACGCUCAGGCAUGUCCAUAUCAUCCGCCAUCUCACUCGAGAUCGUCAGAAAUCCAGCUGGUGCUGAAAGAGUCAACUUGAUAAAUCUUAAGAAUUGUCUGGAAGAAUGUGCCAUGCUUUCGCAGAGUAAGAACAAAGAUAUGACUGAAGAUGAGGUGAAUUUUGCAUCCUGCUUGAUACAUGUGAAGACCUUUAAAUUAAACUUUUCAACAGAAUCACUAAUUCCUGUCCCCAACCAUUUUGAUUCUGCAAUUUGUACAUUGGACGAUCCUGUAAAUAAAGAUGACGAGGAAAACCAAAUUCCUGGGCCAUUUACACCUGUUGAAAAUGAGGAGUAUCGCAGAGAAGCUAUCAACAUAAAAACACCUUGUCAGAAUCAGGCUGUUGAGAAGGAGGAAAUCGUCACCGUGAAAAUAGAAGAGAAUGAUUGUGAUGAAUACAUGGAAGAAGUAUAUAUAAAAGAAGAAAGGCUGGAUGAGAUUCCUGGGCCAUCUACACCAGUUGAAAAUGAGGAGUAUCGCAGAGAAGUUAUCAACAUAAAAACACCUUGUCAGAACCAGGCUGUUGAGAAGGAAAUUAUCACUGUGAAAAUAGAAGACAAUGAUUGUGAUGAAUACACAGAAGAAGUAUAUUUAAAAGAAGAAAGGCUGGAAGAGAUUCCUGGGCCAUCUGCACCUGUUGAAAAUGAGGAGUAUCGCAGAGAAGCUAUCAACAUAAAAACACCUUGUCAGAACCAGGUUGAGAAGGAAAUUAUCACUGUGAAAAUAGAAGACAAUGAUUGUGAUGAAUACACAGAAGAAGUAUAUUUAAAAGAAGAAAGGCUGGAAGAGAUUCCUGGGCCAUCUGCACCUGUUGAAAAUGAGGAGUAUCGCAGAGAAGCUAUCAACAUAAAAACACCUUGUCAGAACCAGGCUGUUGAGAAGGAAAUUAUCACUGUGAAAAUAGAAGACAAUGAUUGUGAUGAAUACACAGAAGAAGUAUAUUUAAAAGAAGAAAGGCUGGAAGAGAUUCCUGGGCCAUCUACACCAGUUGAAAAUGAGGAGUUUCACAGAGAAGUUAUCAACAAAAAAACACAUUGUCAAAACCAGGCUGUUGAGAAGGAAAUUAUCACUGUGAAAAUAGAAGAUAUUGAUAGUGAUGAAUACACGGAAGAAGAAUAUUUGAAAGAAGAAAGGCUGGAAGAGUAUUUUGAGGAGGAAAUUAUCACUGUGAAGAAAGAAGAAAAUGAUAGUGAUGAAUACACAGGAGAAGCUUAUUUGGAAGAGGAAAAGCUGGAAGAGAUUCCUGGGCCAUCUGCACCAGUUGAAAAUGAGGAGAAUUGUAGAGAAGAUAUCAACAUAAAAACACCUUGUCAGAACCAGACUGUUGAGAAGGAAAUUAUCACUGUGAAAAUAGAAGAUGAUGAUAGUGAUGAAUACACAGACGAAGUUUAUUUGGAAGAGGAAAAGCUGGAAGAGAUUCCUGGGCCAUCUACACCUGUUGAAAAUGAGGAGUUUCGCAGAGAAGAUCUCAACAAAAAAACACCUUUUCAGAACCAGGCUAUUGAAAAGGAAAUUAUCACUGUGAAAAUAGAAGAUGAUGAUAGUGAUGAUAGUGAUGAAUACACAGAUGAAGUUUAUUUAGAAGAGGAAAAGCUGGAAGAGAUUACUGGGCCAUGUACACCUGUUGAAAAUGAGGAGUAUCGCAGAGAAGAUAUCAACAAAAAAAAACCUUGUCAGAACCAGGCUGUUGAAAAGGAAAUUAUCACUGUGAAAAUAGAAGACGAUGAUACUGAUGAUAGUGAUGAAUACACAGACGAAGUUUAUUUGGAAGAGGAAAAGCUGGAAGAGAUUCCUGAGCCAUCUGCAGCAGUUGAAAAUGAUGAGUAUUGCAGAGAAGUUAUCAACAAAAAAACACAUUGUCAGAACCAGGCUGUUGAAAAGGAAAUUAUCACUGUGAAAAUAGAAGACAAUGAUAGUGAUGAAUACAUGGAAGAAGAUUAUUUAGAAGAGGAAAAUCUGGAAGAGACAGCACUAAUGAAGAGUCAGGUAGGAGAGUCAAGAAGCAGAAGAGAGAUGAAUCAAGUAGGACUGUACCCUGCAGAGAAGCUAUACUCUCGUAAUCAUGGUAUAAUCUACUACAAUGGCGAAGGGUAUUACUACAAGACAAACAGGACAAAUGAAAAUAAAUGGUAUUUGGGAUGCACUGAGCCGAAAUGUAUGGCACGAGGGUUUAUACAGUUGGAUAAAGAAGAUGCUCCGAUCAUUCCCUCAGGGCAUAUACACAACCACGAGCCCAACUACAGUAAACGUGAUCUACUGGUGUUCAUUCACAGGUGUAAAGAGCGAGCGGCCAGGGAACUGCACUUGAAUGUUAGACAUAUAUUGGAAUCAGAGCUAGAAAGAGACGGAAACAUUUCUGCGUUAAUCACUAAAACCUAUAAGAAGAGGCUUGAAGCUCAAAUGAAAAGAUAUAGAAUUUUAUAUGUUGCCAGUGAAGACAUCUACAUCCAGAAAUCUAUCUUCAUGUCUAUACUCCCUCCUUGCCCAUUUUAUGGAUCUAGCUAAGGGAUUACUCUGGGAGAAGACGUGCCUGACUACAGUGAGCCACUACAGUUGUCGUCACCUACCUACUGCCUACCUGUACCUAUACCUGGGUUCUGCUGACACCACAACUUGUCGACCCACAACCGACUUGGUCGCUACCUUCUCAUACCUGCUGUAUACAUCGUACCGAUAAGUGGCAUACCUCAUAUAUCUUAAUUUCUUUCAAUGAACUCUUUAUAAUAAUAAUAAUAAUAAUAAUAAUAAUAAUAUCACUUUAUUGUCAUAAAACAUUUCACAUUUCCAGCAAAGCUGGUGAAACAGAUGACAUUGUCAUUUCUUAGCUAACAAAAAUGAAAAACUAAAUCUAAGAAUUAAAAUUAAAAUUAAACUAGUCACUUUUUAAAAAACAAUCAUUUAAAUACUCUUCUAUUGUAUAGUAUUUCUUUUUUAUAAGGAAUAAUUUGAAUUCUUUCUUAAACUUUAUAAUACUAUUGAUGUUUUUAAAAUGAGCAGGUAAACCGUUGUAAAGCCUCAGACUCAUAUAGUACGGUGAUCUUUCGUAAACACAUAGCCGAUGUCUUGGAUACUGCAAAUUAUUUUUUGAACGUGUUGGGUAGUGAUGAAUAAAUUGAUUUUUUAUAAAUAAUUGUGGAUUACUCUUAAAGUAUACCAGAAUUUUAUAAAUGUAAAGUGAAGGCAUUGUUAAAAUUCCAUAUGUUUCAAAAAGCGGUUUACAUGACUUUUUUUUGUGUGUAAAUGAUAAGAUUCUUAAAAACUUCUUUUGUACCUUAAAAAUUGUUGAGGCAUAUGAUGUUGAGCCCCAUAACUCAAUACCAUAUUGCAUAAUGGAAAAAAAUAUCGCAUAAUAAACUAUCAGCUUUGUUUUAGAAUCAAUUAUUACUGGUACCAGUUAGAAUUUAAUCUUUGAGGCCAAAUUAAGGAUAACCAGGAACUUUAUUGAAAUACUACUGAUAAAGUCAAGGAUUAUAUAUUGUGUUAGUGCUGGACACUCACCUUCGGACGACCAUCAACGGCUCUAGACUGACUUAAGAUGGAGUGGGACUUAAUUUUAAAUAUAUAAAGUUUAGAGAAUUUUGGGUAUUAGGUUAGGUAUUGUAUUAUAUGUGUAUAGAUUUAUAUUGAUUCACAUUUUCAGGAGUUGUCAGUUCACCAUUUAUUAUGUGUUUGUAUAGUUGUAGCCUAAGUGUGUGUGUCUAUCUGAUAUAAUCUUUCCAGGAAUUUCUGGCCGGCCAAGGUAUUUUGAUUAUAUUUAUCUGGUAUUAUAAAGUACAUUGCUUAGGCCUGAUUAUAAACUUGAUACUCUACUGUUCUUUAUUGUAAUAAAUCCAGGUUUGCAUAUUUUAAGUGUUUUCAUUAUCUAGCCAUUUACAUAAAAUCUUGAUUCCUCAUAGUUCACCAAACUUUAAAUAAUUUUUUCUAUCUCAAUUUUUAUCAACUUAUCUACCAGUAAAUAAUUUGGAAUUUCAUUAAACUAUUUUGAUUAAGGGUAUUAUUUGGUAGAAUAUUUAAGAGUGUUAUCACUCUUGCUAGUGUUUAGUGAUUAGAAUCAUCCUAGACUUGUUUUAUUGCAUAGAAUUUUUAUUCAUAUUGGUUGUCAAGUGAUAUCUCACCUUCACUAUUUUUAUAUCAUAUAUGGGUUUUUUCCUUGUUAACCCUUCUCCCCUGCUUUGAAAACAAGGUGGCGCCCUCUUAAAACAAAAACAAAAAAAAGGCAUACAAAGAAAAAUACAAAAAAAUAUACAAAAAAAAAACUGAUGAAGAAAUAUUAGGCUAUUGAAUUUUGAAGAAAUUAGUUUGAAAUUUUGGUCAAACCCCCCACCCCCUAGACUGAGCUACUGGGACCGCUACACACUGACGGAUUAUAAGGUAUUUUAACCUAUAGUAAUAAUUUAUAUAUUGUGAUCAGGAGGCAAAAAACAACAAAAAUGAAGAUAAUUAAAACUUCAAUCAAACCAAACUUUUGCCAAACAUUUUUAUAUUAUGAUAAUAUACUUUGAAAAAAAGGAUGACAAUUUGUAUUAAAUUUUAAUAAUAUAUUUCUUCACUAGAACGUAAAGUGUGAAAGUAAAAUACGCUUGGUCAAACCUGUAACUAUUUAUUGUGCUUCGUUUAAAGUCUAGUAAGGAAGUUCAUUGUUGUGUCUUUUUGAAAAAGUGUCACAGUAAUUUACCAUACUCCAGUUGACUUUACCGAUUCCUUUUUGUAAACAGCAACUUUUAUGCAUACAAAGAGUGGAGAAUCCAGUGUAGUUUGGAAAAUAUCUUGAUAAAAUGUUGAUAA